AAGGCGGAGAGGAGGAGGCGGCGGCUGGCGGGGGGGGGAGAGCAGCGAGCAAAACAAGCGCCGCCAGAAGAAAGAGGGUGGGGGGAGAUGUCAAACGUCCGUAUUUCUAAUGGGAGCCCUACCCUGGAGCGCAUGGAAGCCAGGCAGUCGGAGUACCCGAAGCCGUCAGCUUGCAGGAACCUCUUCGGGCCGGUGAAUCACGAAGAGUUAAACAGGGACUUGAAGAAGCACCGCCAGGAGAUGGAGGAGGCAUGCCAGAGGAAGUGGAAUUUCGAUUUCCAGAAUCACAAGCCGCUGGAAGGCAGGUACGAGUGGCAAGCCGUGGAGAAGGGGAGCUCGCCCGACUUCUACUUCAGACCCCCCAGGCUACUGAAAGCUGUCUGCAAGUCCGCCGGCCGCCAGAGCUUGGAUGUAAACGGGAAUUGCCAAACCGUGGUUUUUGUCGGUUCUCAGGGAAUCUCAGAGGACACUCACUGUGUAGAUCAAAAGACUGAUGUUUCUGAAAAUCAGACGGACUUUGCAGAGCAGUGCACUGGGCAGAGGAAAAGACCUGCCACCGAUGGUAACGUACCCUUGCGAAAGCGACAGCGCUUUUCUCCGCCUGCCCUGCUGGUGUCAGCGCCGGGGCUCUCGGCUCCCUCACCCGUGCCACGCGUGGCCUGACCGCGGUGGGCUGUGCCCCGCUGGGCACC